CAGCGUUGAUGGCGCACCGUGCACGCUUCCACAUUGACCUGCUGUUACUACUCUCUCCGGGUUGCCAGGCGGGGGUCUGUUUGCGUGUGCGCGCGUUUUAUCAAUGAAUCUCUGUUUAUACUCUUUGUCCCACCGAAGUGCGUGAUUCCUGCAGACUGUCCGCGUGCCUGACAGGAAACUACUCCCAGUCCGAGAGCAAACGCAGCUGCCAAAAAAUAAAUGCUGACUGAGAUGGAGGAGGAGGCCCGGGUCUUCCUGGGAAGGUUUAAGGAGGAGUUCCCUGCUGCUCUGGAGGGAGGAGGUGUGCUGCCGGUCAACGCUUUGAGCCGCAGGAUGUCCCUGGAGGAGCUGCCUGGAGAGAGCUUGGAGCUGGGCCUGAGGCUGCUGGCUAACAGGGGUUGUCCUCCAGGCCUCGGUGCCCUGCUAUGCCAGGCAGCGCUGUCCCAGCUUCAGAAAAGUGACCUUUCACCUUUCCACUUCAUCCAGGAAGCUGAUGCCAACCAGGAAGAGGAGGAGAAAGAAGUCUUACUCCAGUCGGAGGCGGUUCAGCGCCUCUUCCUGAGCAAACUGGUGGACGUAGCGCUGGCCUGGCACAAAGACCCGCCCAAGCUGAAGCCCUCCACCUCUCGUUCCCUUCACUGCUCUGUUCAUGCCAUCAAGAACACAAGGAGGAAGAUGGAAGACAAACACUUGGUCCUGCCUGAGUUCAACCAGCUCUUUGGGAUCCAGGACGGAGUGGAGCGUGCCUACUAUGCUGUGUUUGACGGCCAUGGAGGGGUGGAUGCUGCCACCUACGCCUCCACCCACCUCCAUGGUGUUCUGAGUCAACAGGAUGCACUGCAGAGUGACACCGCGGCAGCUUUUAAAAGUGCCUUCAAACGCACAGACGACAUGUUCAGAAGCAAAGCCAAGAGAGAGCGUCUGAGGAGUGGCAGUACUGCAGUGGCCGUACUGAUCCAGGAUCAGGAGCUGACUGUGGCCUGGCUUGGAGAUUCCCAGGCUGUACUGGUCAGAGAGGGACAAGCUGUUACACUCAUGAACCCUCACAAACCAGAAAGAGAGGACGAGAAGAAGAGAAUCGAGGAUCUGGGCGGCUGCAUCACUUUCAUGGGCUGCUGGCGGGUUAAUGGUACCUAUGCCGUCUCUAGAGCCAUAGGUGACUUUGACCAGAAGCCCUACGUAUCUGGAGACGCUGACUGUUCCACAGUCCAGCUGCAGGGGGAUGAAGACUAUGUGCUGCUGGCGUGCGACGGCUUCUUUGAUGCAGUCAAACCUUCUGAGGUUCCCUGUCUGGUUGUAGAGGCUCUCCAGCAGACAGGUGACCCUGAUGGAGAAGGAGCUGCUCCACCAGAUCCCCGUGAGGAGAAGACAGUAGCUGAGAGGUUGGUAGGUCACGCCAAAGCUGCUGGUUCCAGUGAUAACAUCACUGUGAUGCUGGUGUUUCUGCGUCCACCGGAGGAGCUGCUGGACCCACACUCCUCCACAACACGAGUUCCAGGAGACUCCGCUUCCCAAGAUGCACCACAGCAGCCUGUUGCCAUGAUACCAGCCUCCCAAACACCUGUUUGACAUCUUGUUCCUGAACAUGCUUUGGUCAGCGGGUUCCCUCGCACAUCCUGCUAACAGACCCAAGAAGACCUGACUCGACUCUGUCCGAGUCACGUCUGAGAAACAUCUGAUGAUGAUGAGACAUGAGCUUCAUGCCACCUUUUAUCUGUUAACCACUCACAAACCCAACACUGACGAGUUUAUUCAAAGGAAGCUUUGCAUGUUUCUGCCUUGAUCUUCUAACUGUAACACACACCCCACCACAUUUCUUCCUGACAGAUGAUGGUUCCCCGCUAUGCUUCCGGUUUAGAAUAAUGUGUUGGACUGGUCUUCACCCAGUUUCAGUAGUUUCUGCAUCUCCUUAAAUGUCUGUUACAGCAUUCAGGACCUCAUUGCAGCCAGAUGUGUCCCAGCCCCAGCUGGUGUCCUUUAACUAUACGUCAGACCCCCCCUAUAGUGUGCAUAUCUAUGGCAAUUUCCUGUCAUAGAUAUACACACACACACUCACACACACCUCUGCACAGACAGAGACACGUUGGGAUUUCAGGAGGAAAAUAAAAGCCGAUCAUGGUUUUUCUCAUGCUCUGCUCUGACCCUCAAUGAACGUGUACAGGUGUGUUUUCUCUCAGAAUGUCCUCUUUUAGUCUCCUUACUGAGCGUAACAAGGACGUCCUCUUUGUUGGAGGUUUAUUUUUAUGUGAUUAAAUUAUGAACUAUGAAUUGAAUGGGUUGGAAAUAUGAGUGAAAGCUUUCAAAUUGCUUAAAAAUUUAAAUUUAUUUUAAGGUUUUUCUAUACCAGAUUGGCGAAUGUAGACACAAAGCUCGUGUAUUCAAAUUAUUUAAGUUAUUGCAGCGCUUCGCUUGAAAUAAUCUGAAACUGUGCCCAGCAAACAAGAACCAGACAGUAAAGCUAGAAGACCGUCACUUCUGGUGUGAGUUGUUAAAAGGAGUGGAAAAGGAGUCCUCGCCAUCCUGCUUGGCUUCUACAAGCAGGGAAAAAGGAAGCGGGACACUAAUGACCUGCAUGGUCUGGAUGUGCAGUGAUAUAUGAAAGAAAGAUUUUAUAACAGACCGGUUUAAUCAACUGGUUUAACACAUCUGAAAUAUUCCGUAUUAUUUUACCUGGAACAUCAAGUGUUUUACAUUUAAUAGCUUUUAGCUUCAGUAUUCAGAGAUGAAAGACGGUUCUACAUUAAGAAAAGGGCUGUUCCCUCCCUGAUCCGUUUUCCCUCCCUGAUCCGUGUUCCCUCCCGGAUCCGUGUUAUCUUCCUGAUCCGUGUUAUCUUCCUGAUCCGUGUUCCCUCCCGGAUCCGUGUUAUCUUCCUGAUCCGUGUUUUCUCCCUGAUCCGUGUUUCCUCCCGGAUCCGUGUUAUCUCCCUGAUCCGUGUUAUCUUCCUGAUCCGUGUUAGCUGCCCUCCUCUUCCACCAGAUCUCCUCAGCAUGCUCUUUCUGCACCAUCAGUAUUAAAUGCUGUUACUUGCACUCCAUGUUUCUGAGCUCAUGUAUGUAAAAAUCUGACAGAAGUCACAUGACUAAAGUGCUUUUCUGAAACAAAUCUGGUUUAUGGGAACAGAAGUUCUAAUCACACUGAGCUGGGUCGCCCGUCCCUGAUCCGUGUUUCCUCCCGGAUCCGCGUUUCCUCCCUGAUCCGUGUUUUCUUCCUGAUCCGUGUUUUCUCCCUGAUCCGUGUUUCCUCCCUGAUCCGUGUUUUCUCCCUGAUCCGUGUUUUCUCCCUGAUCCGUGUUUCCUCCCUGAUCCAUGUUUUCUCCCGGAUCCGUGUUUCCUCCCUGAUCCGUGUUUUCUUCCUGAUCCGUGUUUUCUCCCUGAUCCGUGUUUUCUCCUUGAUCCGUGUUUUCUUCCCGAUCCGUAUUUUCUCCCUGAUCCGUGUUUUCUUCCUGAUCCGUGUUUUCUCCCUGAUCCGUGUUUUCUCCUUGAUCCGUGUUUUCUUCCUGAUCCGUGUUUUCUUCCUGAUCCGUAUUUUCUCCCUGAUCCGUGUUUUCUCCCUGAUCCGUGUUUCCUCUCGGAUCCUUGUUUUCUCCCUGAUCCGUGUUUUCUUCCUGAUCCGUGUUUUCUCCCUGAUCCGUGUUUUCUCCUUGAUCCGUGUUUUCUUCCUGAUCCGUGUUUUC